AUGUUGCAAAAAAAGAGAAAAAUUGGCUCCGAUGCACCAUCGGACCAUUUUGGGGUUGAAAUUGAGCGCGGCAACCCCAGCCCAGAGGCAAUAAAUAGCCAUCGCACCCAUCCAGGAAGGUUUGCGGGACCAAAACAGAACUUUUUGCGUAGCUCACACCGUCAUGCGCAGGAUCAAGGUGCAGCCCUGCAGCCAAGGUGGUUCAUCAAAGACUAUAUCGAUCGAAAGCGAGCGAUGACGAAGGACAAAGAAAUUGCCGACGAUGCGCCACGGGAUGGCCCUCUCUUAAUAGGUUGGUACGAUGACGAAGGUCAGGAAGUUACAGAACUCAACGAAACAAAGGAGAACCUGGCCAAGAUGGUUAUUGAAAUGUGGGCUCGCUCAAAAACCGAGUCUGGGCAGCAAAGAACGGCAUUCUAUGCGCAGAAAUGGCGUGACGUCGUCCGACGGAGACAACUUGAUCAGGAUCUCAGAGUCGCUCAAGCUCCCACGUUCGUUCUCGUCCUCCUGUCAAACGAGACGUUGAGUAUGGCGAUACCAAGCGAAAGCCCCAAAUCUCCUGGAUCUGGUCGGACACAAUCACAUGUUCGUGUUGAGUUUGGCCAUGAAAUUCACCUCAUAGAGUCAUCCAGCAGUGAAAAUAAUGCCAGUGAAAAUGACAAGCGGUCAUCCAUCGAGCAAACGAGUAUGUCCCCAAGGAAGGAGCCAUCGAAAAAUCGACCUGAUCCGAUUGAACCCGCCAAGGGAAUUUUGAAACCACCCAAAGAAAAGUUCCCCGAAGAACCAAACCCCAUUCGGGAAGGCGUUGCUCCAUUGAAGAAUACAGACCUGAAGGGAGUCCCAUCAGGAGCGCGGUGGACUAAGAUUGACCGUAGACUGGUUAGCCCAGCUGCUUUAGAGGCUGGAAAUGAAAGGUUCGAAGAACAAGCCGACUAUGUUGUCGUUCUUCGAGUUUUGAAGAAGGAAGAGAUACAAGAGUAUGCUUUGAGGACAACAGAACUCCGAGAAGCUCGAAAAGACGCACUAAAAAGUAAAACCGGAAGCCCUUCGAGAGAAAGCCGUGUUGACGGGUCACGAGGUCGUCGUCGCAGGCGAGAAGGUAGCUUGUCGCCAGACUUCGAUCGAAGUCACUCCAUAUCACAAACCAACAGCGCCAGCGGUUCUCGAGAGGGCACACCCCAGGACUUCGAAGGUUCCAGUCAAUCAAGGGAGGACAUAAAAUAUAGAAUUACCGGUGUCCACUCACAUUCACCACCACGAAGUCGCCCAGAUGGAAGCUGGAGAAGUCCAAACAAUCGAGGUUCCGGAGACUGGGCCUCUGAACCUGGCUCUAGACGGCCAUCUCGGCGCAAAAAUAUUUCCAUUCGUUUCAAUAACGGUUAUUCGGAUUCUGAAAUAUCCGAACUAGAGAUAGAAGUACCCGAAUCACACUACGGUUCCAAUGCGUACGGUGCUUUCCAUCGACGGCGUCAAUCAAUUGGACACGAUCCAUGGAAUAUCUCAGAUGACGAGACCCAAUAUGAGGAGACCAGAUCGCUCUCCACUGAGAGUAGAGAUACACUGAGUUGGUUUUGGGUAUGCCAGAUCGACGUUAUACCUGGAUAUUUAGCGACUCCGUGGACGACACAAUUUUCGACAGAAUGCUGUGUUGGCGCAAUUGCAGUCAUUCUUGAGGCAAUCGGAAUGCUAACAGAAUUUUCUCAACCGGUCUACCUCGAUACCCCUUGUCAUCCUCGCGGGCUGGAUUGGAUGCGCAGUGGUCUAUCAACGUAUCCACCAUAUGGAGUCAGCGCGAACCAUCACCAUGGAACCGUGAUAAGCGGUGGUUACAACACGAAGAUCUUCCCUGGUUUUAGAGCUCCUCUCUUUCAGAUUGAGCUUCUUCGCCACUAUGGCUUCCAGGUUGAUCGACAUCAGCCUUCCGACGCUGCAAACCUUCGUGCACGGCUCACUGAGUUGAUGGCCCUUGACUCCUGGCUUUCUUACUGUGGUCGCCAACCUGAGAUAUGUGGGCAUGGUCCACCUUCUGAUCUCAGCAUUUCAGUGGUCGGAGUCGGCGAUUUACUUUACACUAUGCCAAAGUUAAUUGAGCGAACUAUGGAAAGUUUUAAAUUCGAGUUUACGAAUCUUGAACGCACUGCGAUUGAUGGUGGACACCAAAUUGUCCAGCAAAUAGCGGGUAAUCUCCUGGAUACUCUUGGAUGGAAGGUCGAGGGUCUAAGCCCGGGCGAGAAACUUUUUGCGCUUGUCGCAAUGUUACGAGCAUCGAAAAUGGCGCUAUGUAUUGUGCAGGGCACUGAUACGUCGAGUUUGAGAGAGAUAUUACUCAACGAUGUGCAAGUGCAUCUGGUUUAG